AUGAUUUCUAGGCUACGACCUCUAUCAGGGCCCAUAGCCGGGCGGCGGCUAGCGUUGAGCCUGCGCGUUCAGCAAUGCAAUCUUCAUGUUGACGGCAGAAGCCGUGUUUCAAAUAUCUGGAUCCCUACAGGUGGUAUUUCCAAGAAGCCCGUUGAUGGUGAAAAGGAGGAUGCCAAUGACCUGCUAGUCCGAGGUGGUUUCCUCCGACAGGCAUACUCUGGAGUGUUUCAUCUACUCCCACUCGGUUUACGCGUUCAAGAUAAGCUUGAGCGCCUGAUUGACAAGCAUAUGCGCUCACUCGGCGCAUCUAAGGUCUCUUUGUCCUCGAUAUCCUCGCAAGAAUUAUGGGGACAGUCUGGCAGACUGACCGACGGCUCAGAACUAUUCCGAUUUCAUGAUCGGAAAGACACCCCAUUUCUCCUGGCCCCAACACACGAGGAAGAAAUUACAACACUUGUGGGGAAUCUAACAACAUCAUACAAGAGCCUGCCUCUGCGGGUAUAUCAAAUAUCGCGAAAGUACAGAGAUGAAGCCCGGCCCAGACAGGGCCUGCUUCGUGGGCGAGAGUUUAUCAUGAAAGACCUCUAUACAUUCGACUACAGUGUCAGCGAAGCGCUGAAAACAUAUGAAGCAGUCAAACAUGCCUAUACCCAAUUAUUCGAUGAACUCAAGAUUCCCUACCUGGUCGCGGCAGCAGACUCGGGGAAUAUGGGCGGCUCAUUGAGCCAUGAGUACCACUUCAUCAGUCCCAAGGGCGAGGACGAAGUGGUCAGCUGCUCACACUGUGACCAUGUAUAUAACGAAGAACUUGCAGACGGCAAGACGCACAGCUCUGAGGAGUCCGAGCAGACCACUGCACCUGGCUUCCAGACCGAUGAUAAACUUGUCGAAGGUGGACCCACAAUUUCAACUGGCAUGUGGAUGGCUAUCUCUCACGAUAGCAACACCAUCGUGCGGAGCUGGCACCCCAAGUUUUCAAUGCAGAACGGCGCGACAGAGCCUGUUGAGCGCCAUGUCAACUCACACGCCGUCAAGGCGGUAGCGACCGCCGCUGGUAUUGAUCUCGAUCUAAGCGUGGAGAACCCACUAGAGCGAUGGACCGCCCACGUAAAGGCAAACAAGUCCUCGACGCAUAAGCCGCGCGUGUUGGACCUAUACGACUCGCAGGUUCGGGUAUACCAGCGCCCUCCGCUGAGUGAUCUCCUCCAGGAAGUUGGCUGCACGGCCUCGGACAUAGAUUACUCUAAGCUGGACCGAUUCCCUGGGACUUCAAACAAACUCAGCCUUGUCCGUGUGCAUGACGGAGACCAGUGCUCGCAGUGCGCACAUGGAACUUUGACUAGUCACUCUGCCGUGGAGCUAGGACACACAUUCCACCUAGGAACUCGAUACAGCAAAGUCUUGAAUGCGUCUGUUUCUGUCAACUCUGCUCUUCUCGAGGGAUCUUCGGAUGCAGAUGCGAAAUCCUCAGCCAAGGAACAAAUCGUACCCAUGCAGAUGGGAUGUCACGGUAUCGGUGUCUCGCGUAUGAUCUCCGCAGUGGCGAACCGCCUUGCUGAUUCCAAGGGACUCAAUUGGCCACGUGCUAUGGCACCCUAUGAGGUUGUGGUGGUUCCAGGAAAGGGGCUGGAAACCGUUGCGGAUCAGGUCUAUGAUAGUCUUACCGGCGAUGCCGCGGCUCCUGUCGAUGUUAUCCUCGAUGACCGUGACAAGAGUAUGGGCUGGAAACUUGGUGACGCAGAUUUGAUUGGAUACCCUAUCAUUGUUGUUGUUGGUAAUGGGUGGAAGAAGAAGGAAACUCUGGAGGUGCAGUGCCGUCGGUUGGGCGUUAAGGAGGAUGUGUCGUUGGAUGGACUGCGCACAUUUGUUGAGUCCUUGUUGGCGAAAUUGUGA